GGACGGAGGGAGGGACCGAGCUCCCAGGCUCCGGACAGACGGUGGGCGACGCUGCCCCCCAGGAAACCGUCCCACCGUCCGUCCCGUCCGUCCUCCAGCCGCGCUGGGGAUGGGAGCCGAGGCCUGCGGAGCCUGGCCGUCGGCUCCCGGAGAGCCGGUCAGCGGGCCCCGGACACACGAGCGGAGGGCGGAGGACUGAGCAGAGGCCGGCCCCUCCUGCAUCCGUGCCCCAUCCUCCUCCUCAUCCCCGGGGCCGACGGCCGUGACCUCUGACCCGCCAUGAGGACCCCGACGGCGAUGAUCCUGGGGCUGGUGCUGGCCUCCUGCGGCCUGCUCUUCACCCUGACCGGCACGCUGGCCCCCGGCUGGCGCCGGCUGUCCGGCUUCUUAGACCAGCCGGUGGACACGGUGAUGUACCAGGGGCUGUGGACCAUCUGCCUGGAGGGCAGCAGCCGGGAGCGGCGCUGCCAGGUGCCGGACCAGUGGGCCUACUUCUCGGCAAGGCCGGUGCGGGCGGCACAGGGGCUCAUGGUCGCCUCGCUGGUGGUCACCGUCGGGGGGCUGCUGCUGGCCACCCUGGGCGUGCGCUGCUGGCAGGACGAGCCACGCUGGGCGCUGGCAGGCGUCGCGGGGCUACUGCUCGCCGCCUCGGGGCUGCUCAGCCUGAUCCCGGUGUCCUGGUACAACCACGUCCUGCGGGACGGGGCCGUGCUGCCGCUCCCGCCGGGCCCGCUGACCGUGGGAGUCAGCUACAGCCUGGUGCUGACCUACCUGGGCAGCUGCCUGCUCAUCCUGGGCGGCUUCUCCCUGGCGCUCAGCCUCGCCCACUGCUGUGGGAAGUGUCGGCGCCCCCGCCUCAGAGCCCCCCGCCCCGGCCCGGCCAGGGGCGCAACCCAGCUCUCGGGGUGGCCCUGGACCCAGCCUUCUGCGGACAACACGUCCCCCAGACAGAAACGCCCACCGCCCACUGGACGGCCUGGCCCGGGCGACCAGAAGGCCCCCCGCCCCAAGGUCGGCUUCAGGAUGCCCGCCCCCGCCUCACCCCGGGCCUACACCAACCCGCUGGACGUGCUCGAUGGUGAGGUCAUCAGGGGUGACCACCGCGGCCCUGAACAGCGCUCCUCCUCCUCCACUCUCCCCUGUGACUCCGACUUGUAGACCCCGGUGUCUCCAGCAACCAGAAGGCCCCCUGCCCCAAAGUCGGCUUCAGGAUGCCCACGCCCACACCAACCCACUGGAUGUGCUCAACGGCGAGGCCAUCAGGGGUGACCGCCAUGGCCCUGACCAGUGCGCCUCUUCCUCCUCUCUCCCCUGUGACUCUGACUUGUAGACCCCGGCAUCCCCGGAGUCCCACUUGUAGACCCCGGCGUCCCCGGCCCGGACACCCUCCCUCCGUCAGACCCUUCGUCCGGCCUGGCUGCUGCUGGAGGCCCCGGACCAGAUCGGACCAAAGGAUGGACACCAUCACUCGGCCUAGGCCAGAACGGUCCGGUUCUGAGCCUUCCGCGACACAGAAGCGGAGCGCAGGGUUGCACUUGUCUUUUGGGCCUCCGUUUGUUCGUUUUUGAAGGUUUGUGCUCUUCUGGAAAAGAGUGACAUGGCUGCAGGAUUGCCUUCAGGUGACAACAUUGGAUUCCUUCAACUUGGCGUCCAUUUAACUCGAUCAGAUGCUGCCUGAACCCUCUGUGCCAAGUACCUG